GUGCGUGGCCGCGGCGGCGGCGGCGGCGGCGCAGGCGGCGGAUUCGCGGCGCGGCGCCGGAGAAGGAAGUGGUGUGGUUGUUGCUGUCUUUUCUCCCACCGCUGGCUCCCGGGGCGCGGAGAGGGGGCGCCGUCUCCGCCGCUGCGCCGCCCUCCGUGUCUACGCCCCUCCAUGUUCUCCGGCGCCGCUGCUCCGCUUCCUCAGGCCACCGCUUACCCCGGGGUCUAUGGAAGUAAUGGAAGGACCCCUCAACCUGGCUCAUCAACAGAGCAGACGAGCAGACCGUUUACUGGCUGGAGGGAAAUAUGAAGAGGCUAUUUCUUGUCACAAAAAGGCUGCAGCUUAUCUUUCUGAAGCCAUGAAGCUGACACAGUCUGAGCAGGCUCAUUUAUCACUGGAAUUGCAAAGGGACAGCCACAUGAAACAGCUCCUCCUCAUUCAGGAGAGGUGGAAAAGAGCCAAGCGCGAGGAGCGACUGCGCGCCCAGCAGCACCCAGACAGGGAUGCCACUGCCCAUCUUCAGGCAUCUCCCAGACCCUGUGCUGAGGACGCGGAAGGCCACAGUCUCCUCCUUCCUCACAAGUACAGUCCUUCCACCGAGAGACGUCUGCCUGAACUUCGAGGGGCCUUUGACAGGGAUCCAGACACGCUACUGUUUUUACUUCAGCAAAAGAGCGAGCCAGCAGAGCCGUGUAUUGGAAGCAAAGCCCCAAAAGAUGAUAAAACAAUUAUAGAGGAGCAGGCAACCAAAAUUGCAGAUUUGAUGAAGCAUGUGGAAUUCCUUGUGGCUGAGAAUGAGAGAUUAAGGAAAGAAAAUAAACAGCUGAAGGCUGAAAAGGCCAGACUUCUAAAAGGCCCCGUCGAAAAGGAGCUGGAAGUAGAUGCUGACUUUGUAGAAAAGUCCGAGUUGUGGAGCUUGCCGCCGCAGUCUGACGCUGCUGCAGCCUCUGCAAGCUGGCAGAAGUUCGCAGCGAAUCCUGGGAAAGCCAAGGACAUUCCAAUACCCAAUCUCCCUCCCUUGGAUUUCCCAUCUCCAGAACUCCCCCUUAUGGAGCUCUCUGAGGAUAUUCUGAAAGGAUUUAUGAAUGAUUAAAAUGGAAGACCACAGACGUCAGAAAAGGAAAUAAUCCAGUAACGAGUUAAUCCAGAACAGAAAACGAAAAAGGGAAAACCACACCUACAGGGGUAUCCCGGAAGUGCUUCAUCAUCUGGCAUCCUAUGGGAGAGGAGGCAUGGCCAGGCUAUGGGAAAGUCACUGUGAAACGUGUCGCCUCUCUGAUUCAUUGACCUAAGCUGAUGAUUCCGACUCGGCAAACGCUCAACUCUCAGAGGUCCUUGUUCUCCUGAUAAAAACCAAAUGGCUACCUGGAAUAAUUUUUUCAAGCAACAGUUAUUUUUCUUCAGGGUUAAAAUGUGUAAAAAUGUUCUGUGUAAUUAAUCUAUGAUGCCAUAAAUGAUAAUGCAAAACCGAAAUAAUAAGGUGGCCCGAGGGCUGCCUACAGUUGAAACAUGCUUUCCAUCAUGCAUUGACUGUGCGCGUUUUGUUAUGCACAUUUUGUUGGCUUAUAUAUAUAAAGUGUGUAAGAAACACACCUUUCUAGAAGAAACUAUAUGUGCCACACUUUGCACUACUCAUAACAUAAUGAUAACCUCAAGACUAUCAGGAGAAAUAUUUAAAUUUCCAUUUUAUGAAGAAAGGAACCAAAUUAUUAGCUUUUUUUUAAAUUACCAGUUUACAUAAUUAAUCAGGGUGCAUUUUAAGUUCUAACUUUAUUAUAUAAUGCAUCAUUUGAAAAUAGCAAGGAAAUAUCCUUUGUUUUUAAUGAUGCAUGAGUGAAGUAAUGCUAGUUGGCAGUAUAUGAUUGUAAGAAAUCAAUAAAAUAAUUGUGUUUUA